AUGGGAGGAGCAGGAAGGGGAGAGAAUGUGAGGGCGGAGGGGAGGAAAGGGGAGGGGAGACAAAUGGGGAGGAUGAGAGGAGCAGGGAGGGGAGAGAAGUGGGGCGGAGGAGAGGAGCAGGGAGGGGAGACAAGUGGGGCGGAUGCUAGCAAAGGGGAGGGGAGACAAGUGGGGCGGAUGAGAGGAAGAGGGUGGAGAGGUGGGAGGGACGGAGGAGAGAAGAGGGGAGGGGAGACAAGUGGGGCGGAUGAGAGGAGCAGGGAGGGGAGACAAGGAGGGGAGAGAAGUGGGGCGGAUGAGAGGAGCAGGGAGGGGAGACAAGUGGGGCAGAUUAGAGGAGGAGGGAGGAGAGGUGGGAGGGACGGAGGAGGGAAGAGGGGAGGUGAGAGAAGUGGGGCGGAUGAGAGGAGCAGGGAGGGGAGAGAAGUGGGGCGGAUGAGAGGAGCAGGGAGGGGAGACAAGUGGGGCAGAUUAGAGGAGGAGGGAGGAGAGGUGGGAGGGACGGAGGAGGGAAGAGGGGAGAUUAGAGGAGGAGGGAGGAGAGGUGGGAGGGACGGAGGAGGGAAGAGGGGAGGUGAGAGAAGUGGGGCGGAUGAGAGGAGCAGGGAGGUGAGAGAAGUGAGGCGGAUGAGAGGAGCAGGGAGGGGAGACAAGUGGGGCAGAUUAGAGGAGGAGGGAGGAGAGGUGGGAGGGACGGAGGAGGGAAGAGGGGAGAGGGGAGGUGAGAGAAGUGGGGCGGAUGAGAGGAGCAGGGAGGGGAGAGAAGUGGGGCGGAUGAGAGGAGCAGGGAGGGGAGACAAGUGGGGCAGAUUAGAGGAGGAGGGAGGAGAGGUGGGAGGGACGGAGGAGGGAAGAGGGGAGAUUAGAGGAGGAGGGAGGAGAGGUGGGAGGGACGGAGGAGGGAAGAGGGGAGGUGAGAGAAGUGGGGCGGAUGAGAGGAGCAGGGAGGGGAGAGAAGUGGGGCGGAUGAGAGGAGCAGGGAGGGGAGACAAGUGGGGCAGAUUAGAGGAGGAGGGAGGAGAGGUGGGAGGGACGGAGGAGGGAAGAGGGGAGAUUAGAGGAGGAGGGAGGAGAGGUGGGAGGGACGGAGGAGGGAAGAGGGGAGGUGAGAGAAGUGGGGCGGAUGAGAGGAGCAGGGAGGUGAGAGAAGUGGGGCGGAUGAGAGGAGCAGGGAGGGGAGACAAGUGGGGCAGAUUAGAGGAGGAGGGAGGAGAGGUGGGAGGGACGGAGGAGGGAAGAGGGGAGGAGCAGGGAGGGGAGAGAAGUGGGGCGGAUGAGAGGAGCAGGGAGGGGAGACAAGUGGGGCAGAUUAGAGGAGGAGGGAGGAGAGGUGGGAGGGACGGAGGAGGGAAGAGGGGAGGUGAGAGAAGUGGGGCGGAUGAGAGGAGCAGGGAGGGGAGAGAAGUGGGGCGGAUGAGAGGAGCAGGGAGGGGAGACAAGUGGGGCAGAUUAGAGGAGGAGGGAGGAGAGGUGGGAGGGACGGAGGAGGGAAGAGGGGAGAUUAGAGGAGGAGGGAGGAGAGGUGGGAGGGACGGAGGAGGGAAGAGGGGAGGUGAGAGAAGUGGGGCGGAUGAGAGGAGCAGGGAGGUGAGAGAAGUGGGGCGGAUGAGAGGAGCAGGGAGGGGAGACAAGUGGGGCAGAUUAGAGGAGGAGGGAGGAGAGGUGGGAGGGACGGAGGAGGGAAGAGGGGAGAUUAGAGGAGGAGGGAGGAGAGGUGGGAGGGACGGAGGAGGGAAGAGGGGAGGUGAGAGAAGUGGGGCGGAUGAGAGGAGCAGGGAGGGGAGAGAAGUGGGGCGGAUGAGAGGAGCAGGGAGGGGAGACAAGUGGGGCAGAUUAGAGGAGGAGGGAGGAGAGGUGGGAGGGACGGAGGAGGGAAGAGGGGAGAUUAGAGGAGGAGGGAGGAGAGGUGGGAGGGACGGAGGAGGGAAGAGGGGAGGUGAGAGAAGUGGGGCGGAUGAGAGGAGCAGGGAGGUGAGAGAAGUGGGGCGGAUGAGAGGAGCAGGGAGGGGAGACAAGUGGGGCAGAUUAGAGGAGGAGGGAGGAGAGGUGGGAGGGACGGAGGAGGGAAGAGGGGAGGAGCAGGGAGGGGAGAGAAGUGGGGCGGAUGAGAGGAGCAGGGAGGGGAGACAAGUGGGGCAGAUUAGAGGAGGAGGGAGGAGAGGUGGGAGGGACGGAGGAGGGAAGAGGGGAGGUGAGAGAAGUGGGGCGGAUGAGAGGAGCAGGGAGGGGAGAGAAGUGGGGCGGAUGAGAGGAGCAGGGAGGGGAGACAAGUGGGGCAGAUUAGAGGAGGAGGGAGGAGAGGUGGGAGGGACGGAGGAGGGAAGAGGGGAGAUUAGAGGAGGAGGGAGGAGAGGUGGGAGGGACGGAGGAGGGAAGAGGGGAGGUGAGAGAAGUGGGGCGGAUGAGAGGAGCAGGGAGGUGAGAGAAGUGGGGCGGAUGAGAGGAGCAGGGAGGGGAGACAAGUGGGGCAGAUUAGAGGAGGAGGGAGGAGAGGUGGGAGGGACGGAGGAGGGAAGAGGGGAGGUGAGAGAAGUGGGGCGGAUGAGAGGAGCAGGGAGGGGAGAGAAGUGGGGGGGAUGA